ACUGCGCUCUCCGGUCUAUUCUUAAUCAGACGGGCAGUCGGUGGGGGCACGUCUGAUUAGAAAUCUACUUUUUAGGGACUCAAUUUACAAAUUAAAGGAUUACUACGCAAGUGACCAAAUAAGGGGACGUGUAGCCUACUCUUCCCUAUGACCAAUAAUUAUUUAUUAUACGAGGUUCCAUACUUUGGACGAGUAUGCGCUAUGUUUUUCAUUAUUGUUUAAGAGCCUUUAAACAAUUUUAAAGGUUUGUGUUUUCUCGGUUUAUAAAAAAAGUUUCGAAGGUUUUCUAAUAGCCUACGGUUUAGAAAACCUGUCAUCGAAAGGAAAAACUUUCGAUACACAAGUCGCUACCACACAGCCGGAAUAAGGAACAAAAGCAUCUGUACCAACAACACAGGCGGUGUUGCCGCCACACUUCAAAGCGAAAUAACCUGUUCAAUUUGUCAAUGACUUUCAUACCUCUUCUGCUUUGGCUCAGUGAACAGACAUCCUGAGCAAGAACCAACGAAAGCUCAUUUGAACUCUUAUUUUAUGCAUACAUAGCUAAUUUGUAACUGUUUAAGUUACAAAGACUGCCUUGAACCACUAGGCUAUUUAUUUUAUAAAGGAAGAAAAUAACAUUUGUCUGAAGCUCUCCAAUCUCUUUGGUUUCCUCAACAGCGCAUGUGUUUUUGCUAAGUUUACUGCACAUUUCGAGUUUCUUGACAAGCAAAGCACUACACCCGAAGCUGGAGUUACCAGACCAUUGUUCUGUUUCGAAGAGCGGACCCCUUUGUCUUCCACCGCCAAGGUAACAGUUGUUAACAUUUUUCGCCCUACCUUCAAAGUAUGCAUGUUUUUAUCAUUAGGCUACAGUUUAAGGGGUUGCUUGCAGUCCCGACUCGUAUUGAGAAUUCAUUGAUUUUUUACGUGUAUGCCUAUGUUGUGAAACAACAAGGUUAAACUUUAGAAAGUGAUGGUGAAACUCUUCCUACGAGUCACGACCUACCCCUCCUCGCGGCCGGGGAAUGUCUAUCGCAACAUUGUAUUCCCCUCGCGCUCACUGUUUCUCGGAAUUGCUCACUGUUCUGACAAUUUUCGCCCGGUUCAACAAAUAUUUAUUUUUGACUAAAACAUGACCCCCAUGUGACCUCUCGUGGUUAUAAUGGCAAUUUAUCAUAAUUUUUUACCUGAACUUCUUGCGUUAUUUGGCGCUUUCAAAACAACGGAUAACUCGGAAAAACGAGGUCAACUCAUGAACUUUGAUCGUCAGAAAGUCGGUACUCUAGAAAGAUGCCCGAGUUCCCGAGUUGGAUGACGAUUCAAAACGAUUCUUCCCAGUCGAAGGUCGUUUUUUUUCGAGUUCCCAGUUGUCUUGAACGCUCGGAAGUCGGAUAUUUCCGCGUUCCCAGUUGUUUUGAACGCAGCAUUAGAAGAAUCUAAUGGAAGCGUGACGUCACUUUCAUGACGUUUGCCCAUGAUUUCAUUUGGGUGGCUGUGAAUGACUCGUUGAGUCGGAGCCGCAUUUCGAAAGAGACAGAUAGUAAUUUGAGUAAUGCAUAGCCUAUUACAGGCAACACUGCUCAUCAGUCGAGACUCCAUGGCAUCAUCCAAGCUCUUUUAGCCUAUUAUAUGGCACUGUGAAAUGGUGGAUAUGAUUCACGUCUGCUAAUGCAGUUCCCUUGUCACAGAUUAAUUGUAUAUUCAAGUUCCCCUUGUCACAGAUACAUUGUGUGUGUACUAAAAAGGGGAUUUGCACACACCAAGUUCUUCUAGCUAGUUUUGUCACUAUGCAUUUGAAAUGUUGUCUUUAUGUAACAUGCAUUUUCAGUGUAUUCAAUCUGUGGUUUAGUCACAUCCUAGCAUAUGUCAAUGAAACCCACUAAAACAACUUAUGUGACUUUCAGAUGAGUGUGAACAUCUCCUCUCCCGCCCCUGCACCUACUCGUCCCCUGCGGCUGAAGCGGCUGGAGCUGGACGACCCUCAGGAUGACACAGAGGCCCUGAAAUGCAAGCGUCACCGGCUGAGCCUUCCACCAUCAUCCCCUGGCCUGGCCCCCUGCCUGAGGCCCCUGAGCCACAGUCCGGGCUCCGACCAGCACUGUGUGUCCUGCAUUGGUCCCUACGUCCUGCUAGAACCCACAGAGGGGACAGAGACCUACAGGGCCAUCCACAGGGUUACGGAGCAGGAGUACACCUGCAAGGUAUGUAUUGUAGCUAGCCCCAUCACAGUAUAGAGUGCAGUGGUGUACCGCAGUUUCACGGGCCCCUGCAAGGUCUGAGCAAGGGCCCCCAACCCCCAAUAUACACUGAGUGUAAAAAACAUUAGGAACUCUUUCCAUGAAAAAAAUAAAAAAUGUAUGCACUCACUAACUGUAAGUCGCUCUGGAUAAGAGCGUCUGCUAAAUGACUAAAAUGUAAAUGUAAAUGACAGACUGACCAGGUAAAAGCUGUGAUCCCUUACUGAUGUUACCUGUUAAAUCUACUUCAAUCAGUGUAGAUGAAGGGGAGGAGACAGGUUAAAUAAUGAUUUUUAAGCCUUGAGACAAUUGAGACAUGGAUUGUGUAUGUGUGCCAUUCAGAGGGUGCCUUUGAACGGGGUAUGAUAGUAGGUGCCAGGCGCACAGGUUUGAGUGUGUCAAGAACGACAAUGCUGCUUGGUUUUUCACGCUCAACAGUUUCCCAUGUGUAUCAAGAAUUGCCCACCACCUAAAGGACAUCCAGCCAACUUGACACAACUGUGGGCCAGCAUCCCUGUGGAACGCUUUCGACACCUUGUAGAGUCCAUGCCCCGACGAAUUGAGGCUGUUCUGAGGGCAAAAGGGGGUGCAACUCAAUAUUAGGAAGGUGUUCUUAAUGUUUUGUGCACUCAGUGUGUGUGUAUAUAUAACAAAAAAAUAAAUGCAACAUGUAAAGUGUUUCAUAAGCUGAAAUAAAAGAUCCCAGACAUUUUCCAUAUGCACAAAAAGCUUAUUUCUCAAAUUUUGUGCACAAAUUUGUUUACAUCCCUGUUAGUGAACAUUUCUCCUUUGCCAAGAUAAUCCAUCCACCUGACAGGUGUGGCAUAUCAAGAAGCUGAUUAAACAGCAUGAUCAUUACAGGUUCACCUUGUACUGGGGACUAUAAAAGUGUGCAGUUUUAUCACACAACACAAUGCCACAGAUGUGUCAUGUUUUGAGGGAGCGUGCAAUUGGCAUGCUGACUGCAGGAAUGCUGUUGGCAGAGAAUUGAAUGUUAAUUUCUCUAUCAUAAGCCGCUUCCCACGUCGUUUUAGAGAAUUUGGCAGUACGUCCAACCGGCCUCACAACCGCAGACCACGUGUAACCACGCCAGCCCAGGACCUCCAUAUCCGGCUUCUUCACCUGCAGGAUCGUCUGAGACCAGCCACCCGGACAGCUGAUGAAACCGAGGAGUAUUUCUGUCUGUAAGAAAGCCCUUUUGUGGCGAAAAGCUCAUUCUGAUUGGCUGGGCCUGGCUCUCAAGUGGGUUGGCCUAUGCCCUCCCAGGCCCACCCAUGGUUGCGCCACUGCCCAGUCAUGUGAAAUCCAUAGAUUAGGGCCUAAUUCAUUUAUUUAAAUUGAUUUAUUUCCUUAUAUGAACUGUAACUCAGUAAAGUCGUUGAAAUUGUUGCAUGUUGCGUUUUAUAUUUUUGUUCAGUAUAUACACUACAUGGCCAAAAGUAUGUGGACACGCCUUCAAAUUAAAGGAUUCGGCUAUUUCAGCCACACCCGUUGCUGACAGGUGUAUAAAAUCGAGCACACAGCCUUGCAAUCUCCAUAGUCAAACAUUGACAGUAGAAUGGCCCCUACUGAAGAGCUCAGUGACUUUCAACAUGGCACCGUCAUAGAAUGCCACCUUUCCAACAAGUCAGUUCGGCAAAUUUCUGCCCUGCUAGAGCUGCCCCUGUCAACUGUAAGUGUUGUUACCGUGAAGUGGACAUGUCUAGGAGCAACAGUGGCUCAGCCGUGAAGUGGUAGACCACACAAGCUCACAGAACGGGAGUGUUGAAGCACGUAGCUUGUAAAAAUUGUCUGUCCUCGGUUGUAACACUCACUACCGAAUAUUAUACAUUUUUUAUUUUUUUGUGUCUUAAAAAAAAAACUGCCUCUGGAUUUAACGUCAGCACAAUAACUGUUAGUCGGGAGCCGAGCAGCUGCACACAAGCCUAAGAUCACCAUGCGCAAUGCCAAGCGCCGGCUGGAGUGGUGGAAAGGUCACCGCUAUUGGACUCUGGAGCAGUGGAAAUGCGUUCUCUGGAGUGAUGAGUCACGCUUCACCAUCUGGCAGUCCGACGGACAAAUCUUGGUUUGGCGGAUGCCAGGAGAACGCUACCUGCCCGAAUGCAUAGUGCCAACUGUAAAGUCUGGAGGAGGAAUAAUGGUCUGAGGCUGUUUUUCAUGGUUCGGCCUCUUAGUUCCAAUUAAGGGAAAUCUUAACUGUACAGCAUACAAUUACCUUCUAAACGAUUCUGUGCUUCCAACUUUGUGCCAACAGUUUGGGGAAGGCACUUUCCUGUUUCAGCAUGACAAAGUGAGGUCCAUACAGAAAUGGUUUGUGAAAGAACUUGACCAGCCUGCACAGAGCGCUGACCUCAACCCUAUUGAACACCUUUGGGAUGAAUUGGAACUAAUCACCCAGCAUCAGUGCCCAACCUCACUAAUGCUCUUGUGGCUGAAUGGAAGCAAGUCCCUGCAGCAAUGUUCCAACAUCUAGUGGAAAGCCUUCCCAGAAGACUGGAGGCUGUUAUAGCAGCAAAGGGGGGACCAACUCCAUAUUAAUGCCCAUGAUUUUGGAAUGAGAGAUUGGAGAACCUUCCAGAAGGACAACCAUCUCUGCAGCAAUCCACCAAUCAGGCCUUUAUGGUAGAGUGGCCAGACGGAAGCCACUCCUCAGUAAAAGGCACGACAGCCCGCUUGGAGUUUGCCAAAAGGCACCUAAAGGACUCUCAGGCUAUGAUAAACAAGAUCCUCUGGUCUGAUGAAACCAAGAUUGAACUCUUUGGCCUGAAUGCCAAGCAUCACGUCUGGAGGAAACCUGGCACCAUCCCUACGGUGAAGCAUGAUGGUGGCAGCAUCAUGCUGUGGGGAUGUUUUUUAGCGGCAGGGACUGGGAGACUAGUCAGGAUUGAGGGAAAGAUGAACAGAGCAAAGUACAGAGAGAUCCUUGAUGAAAACCUGCUCCGUAGCUCUCAGGACCUCAGACUGGGGUGAAGGUUCACCUUCCAACAGGACAAUGACCGUAAGCACACAGUCAAGACAACGCAGGAGUGGCUUUGGGACAAGUCUCUGAAUGUCCUUGAGUGGCCCAGCCAGAGCCUGGACUUGAACCCGAUCGAACAUCUCUGGAGAGACCUGAAAAUAGCUGUGCAGCAACGCUCCCUAUCCAACCUGACAGAGCUUGAGGCGAUCUGCAUAGAAGAAUGGGAGAAACUCCCCAAAUACAGGUGUGCCAAGCUUGAGGCUGCCAAAGGCGCUUCAACAAAGUACUGAGUAAAGGGUCUGAAUACUUAUGUAAAUGUAAUAUUUCCGUUUUUUAUUUUUAAUACAUUUGCUAAAAUGCGGUGUGCGCAAUGAGCAUGCUGUGUUGGCUUAGUCAAGUCAUUUAAUUGUCACUACUGGCUUACAAGCAGGGUUUCCCAAACUCAGUCCUGGGGUCCCCCUGGGUGCACAUUUGGGCUUUUGCCCUAGCACUACACAGCUGAUUCAAAUAUUCAAAGCUUGAUGAUGAGUUGGUUAUUUUACUCUGCUGUGUAGUGCUAAGGCAAAAACCAAAACAUGCACCCAGGGGGGGCACAAGGACCGAGUUUGGGAAACCAUGGCUUACGGUGAAGUUGACCUAUGCACACAUCCUUUUGGUGUGACAUUAUUUGACAAUGAGUUCACUCAAGUGGGUACAUUACCCUCAGUGGAUACAUUACCCUCAGGAGAAGACAUUCAUAUAGUCUGUAGUUUGUAAUUUGACCAUGACCUUAUGAACUAUGACCUCUAACCUAACUCUACCAGGUGUUCUCUAUGAGGCGGUACCAGGAGUUCAUCGCCCCCUACAUUCGCCUGCUGCCCCACGACAACAUCUGCCGCAUCGCUGAGGUGGUGACGGGCGAGCACAGCGUCUUCGUCUUCUUUCAGCGCAACUACGGCGACAUGCACUCAUACGUGCGCACGUGCAAGCGGCUCCAGGAGGAGGAGGCGGUGCAUCUCUUCAGCCAAAUGGCGGUGGCGGUGGCACACUGUCACAAGCAUGGCGUGGUCCUGCGCGACCUCAAGCUGCGCAAGUUUGUCUUCGUGGACCAGCAGAGGUUAGUAGUUUAUGCUCUUCUUAAAGUGGCAUUCAGCAGUUGAAACAAUAACAAAGCGCUCUACCCACCCCUGUUUCGGUAAAAAGCUAAGGGAUGGAUAAACGUAACGACUGACCAUCUACUGUAUAAAAAUUCUAGUUUUAACCAUAGUUUGAGGCUAUAUAGUGUUUGUUUAAAUUGACUUUGUUUAAUAACAUUGGAGUAAAAUGGGCUAUUAUUUUGGGUUCUAAUGGGAUAAGUUAUAUUCUUCAAGAAUCAAUGGGUAGAUAUAAUUCAUUUUAAGUCAAGAAAUGGAUGUAGUAACUGCUGAUUGCCCCUUUUAACUUAUUUAACUUAACCUAAUUUUAGCUGAGGAACAUGGUCAUUGGAUUUUCUGUUUGCAGGUUGGAUUGACUUACAGUAGUGACUGAGACAUGUGGCCCAAAUUCAUCAUCUGAAUGUUUACUUGAGACAAGACAGCCAGGCAUAUGUGGACUAAGUUCAGUUGCAUUAUGUCACUGCUAAAGAAGGCCCUUUAGUUAAGCAACUGUCAAAAUGGCACUAAAGCUCCUCAUGAUGCCUUCAUCAUAACAGCUAUGUCAUGUGAUUAGGGCUAUAUUUCUCCCACCCUGUAAACACAGGUGUCAUUCCAGACAGAGUUAUGUAAGCUACUGUAUUAUGCAUAUGACCCAGUGAAUCACACAAAGCAGAAAACGACAUGUCGUCGCACCAUGUGGGGGUAUGAUGAUGAUGACUCAACAUCUCUCUCUGGUUCUCCUUCCUUUCAGGACCAAGCUUGUUCUUCAUAACCUGGAAGACUCCUGUCUGCUCCACGGGGACGACGACUCUCUUACGGACAAGCACGGCUGCCCGGCCUAUGUGGGCCCCGAGAUCCUCAACUCGCACCACUCGUACUCAGGGAAGGCUGCUGAUGUCUGGAGCCUGGGCGUGGUGCUGUACACCAUGCUGGUGGGUCGAUACCCGUUCCAGGAUGUGGAACCCGCCGCCCUCUUUAGUAAGAUACGCCGGGGGACGUUCACAGUGCCAGAGUCGCUCUCGGUGCGGGCCAAGUCGCUGGUGUGCUGCAUGCUGCGUAAAGCACCCUCUGAGAGACUGGAGGCCUCGGAACUGCUGCUCCACCCAUGGCUGAACUGUUCCAACAACACAACACCUCCCAACACGCACCUCAACGCCAGGAACUGCACUGACCAAGUGGUCCCCAGCUACACAGAAGCGACUGAGGACACGGGCUGUUUCUAGAAUAAAAAGAAAAAUGUCCUCUGUCCUUUGUCGCAGUGAUGCAAGUACAGCAGUAUAAUCUCCGUAGAGGGAAUACUGGUAAUGCAGGGGUUUUUCCUACCUACCUUACAUGUUUGGUGACACUUAAGAAACAUAACAUAGUCAAAUGGCAUUACAAAUUGCUAAUGUCUAACUGCAGUUUGGUAUCAAUGUUGUCAAAGCUUUGUUAAUCUGUUGUUAGACAUUAGCAUGUAUAGAUGUUGAAGUUGUGCUUUUGAAGAAGUUGUGAACGUGUUCUGCAGGGCCCUUAAUCGAAAUUGAUACCAAAUGUAUUAUAUAGUUCUGUGUCAUGAAGCAUGUGUUUGUUUAGGUAGUGACAUUGCUGUUCCGCAAAGCAGUAACUACUAACUACUGGAUCUCCUGGCCACAUGUGUAACAGACGCCUCCUUCCAGUUAGAUGUACAUCUGCUUGUCUAGGGUCCAAUGCAGUUAUUUCCACACUGCAGUGUAACAUCAAGAAAAGCGCUUUUCAAAAGCUACCCAACUAUUGUGCUUUAACCAAUGGAAAUUGUUUUGUUGACUCAAUGGGAAUCACAGGUGAAAACAGUCCUCCAGAUACCUUGCCCCAUAUAGAAGGAGUCUGUCUAGCAGUAUUCCCCUUUCGCAGAAAGCAGUAAUUUCACCAAUUUUUGAUCGUGAGCAACUCAGUUGGGAACACUAAAUUGAAGAUGUAUACUGAACAAAAAUGGAAACGCAACAAUUUCAAAGAUUUUACUGAGUAACAGUUCAUAGAAGGAAAUCCGUCAAUUGAAAUAAAUUC